GAGUUGCGAAAAUUUGGCGCGAACACGCAGAAACUUCGAAGUUCUUUCAAAAAUAAUUUCUAUUCGCGAAUAAAACUUGUCUAAAGUUCGUAAAGAAACCAAUUUAAUAAAAAAUAAAAUAUUUAGCAAGAUGGAAGGUUUUGAUGAUGCUGGAAUAUUCUUUUCUGAUAACUUCGGUGGAGAUGAACAACAAGACGCAAAUUUAAUUAAUUUACAACAAGUUAAAAAGAAGUUUAAAGAUUUCAUUCGAAGCUUUAAUGAAGAUAACUUCUUUUACAAAUACAGAGAUACGUUAAAGAGACAUUAUCUUUUGCGCAAAUACUUCCUUGAAGUUGAAAUGGAAGAUCUUGCAGGCUUCGAUGAAAACCUCGCAGAUAAACUCAAAAAACAGCCGUCAGAACAUCUGCAAAUCUUUGAAGAAGCAGCCAAAGAAGUUGCCGAUGAAAUAACAUCACCAAGACCAAAUAACGAAGAGGUUCAAGAUAUUCAAAUAUUGAUCGCUUCAAAUGCAAAUCCAACAUGCAUUCGUGAUCUAAAAUCUGAUAUGGUGUCUAAGCUUGUAAAAAUCUCUGGCGUUAUCAUCUCAGCUUCAGGAAUUAAAGCCAAAACAACAAAAAUUUCAAUUCAAUGUCGCUCCUGUAACACUACAAUUCCAAACUUACCAGUCAAUCCAGGAUUGGAAGGCUAUGCAUUGCCUCGAAAAUGUACAACCGAUACAACUGGUCGUCCAAAAUGUCCUUUAGAUCCAUUCUUCAUAAUGCCUGACAAAUGUCGAUGUGUCGACUUCCAAACGUUGAAACUUCAAGAACUUCCUGAUUCGGUCCCACAAGGAGAAAUUCCCCGACACAUGCAACUUUUCUGCGAUCGCUCAUUAUGUGAACGUGUGGUGCCAGGAAAUCGCGUUCUUAUUACUGGAAUUUAUUCAAUUAAAAAAGUUGGUGGUGGUAAAAAAGGCGGAGACAAUCACAAAGCAGUUGUUGGCGUUCGAUCUCCUUACAUGAGAGUUAUUGGCAUUAAAGUUGAUACCGAAAUUGGAACAAUUUCUCGCUUUAGUAACAUAACAACUGAAGAAGAAGGAGUUUUCCGUAAGUUAGCAGCAAUGCCUGAUAUUUAUGAUAAAUUAGCAUCAAGUAUUGCUCCAAGUAUCUUCGGUUCAAGUGACGUGAAGAAAGCGAUUGUUUGUCUACUGUUUGGAGGUUCACGAAAGAGACUUCCUGAUGGAUUGCUUCGUCGUGGUGACAUUAAUAUUCUUAUGUUGGGUGACCCUGGAACUGCAAAGUCACAACUUUUGAAAUUUGUUGAGAAAGUUUCUCCAAUCGGUGUUUAUACUUCUGGAAAAGGUUCUUCAGCUGCUGGUUUAACAGCUUCAGUAAUGCGGGAUCCAUCAACAAGAAACUUCGUUAUGGAAGGGGGCGCAAUGGUUCUUGCUGAUGGUGGUGUUGUCUGCAUUGAUGAGUUCGAUAAAAUGAAGGAAGAUGAUCGUGUUGCAAUUCAUGAAGCGAUGGAACAAGGAACAAUUUCUAUUGCGAAAGCUGGAAUCACGACAACUCUCAACUCUCGUUGUUCAGUUUUGGCAGCAGCAAACUCAAUUUACGGUCGAUGGGAUGACACGAAAGGCGAAGAAAAUAUCGACUUCAUGCCAACUAUUUUGUCACGUUUUGAUAUGAUUUUCAUCAUUAAAGAUGUUCAUGAUCAUACACGCGACAUUACACUCGCUCGUCACAUUAUUAACGUUCAUUUGAAUGCAAAUCGGCCGACUGAGAACGUUGAUGGUGAAAUUCCUUUGAAUGUUUUAAAGAAGUUCAUUCACUUUUGUCGUACACAUUGUGGACCACGUUUGAGCCCUGAAGCUGGUGAGAAAUUGCGUAGUCGGUAUGUUCUGAUGAGAUCAGGAGCACAGAAACAAGAGAAGGCUUCAGAUAAACGUCUCUCGAUUCCAAUUACUGUUCGUCAACUUGAAGCCAUCAUUCGAAUUUCUGAAUCACUCGCAAAACUUCAAUUACAACCAUUUGUUAAUGAAGAUCAUGUCAACGAAGCUUUGCGCUUAUUCCAAGUCUCAACUCUUGAAGCUGCAAUGUCAGGAACACUCUCAGGUGUUGAAGGCUUUACUACCGAGGAAGAUCAUGAAAUGUUGAAUCGAAUUGAGAAACAAUUAAAACGUCGUUUUGCUAUCGGCUCACAAGUAUCGGAACAAAACAUCAUUCAAGAUUUCACUCGUCAGAAGUAUCCAGAACGUGCUAUUUUAAAGGUCAUUCACACAAUGAUUCGUCGCGGUGAAAUGCAACAUCGUAUGCAACGAAAGAUGCUUUAUCGACUCUCUUAAUUCCGACACUCGCAUCAAUCUUCUGUUUUACAACACGAUUAUCAGUUAACUUUACGAUUGUUUCCAUUACAUUUUCAUUGUUUUAUGUUUUUUUUCUCUUAUACGUUACUGCAAAAUGUUUUCUUUCUGCUUCUUUUGUGCACUCCAUUAUCAUAAAUAAAAAAUAAAACAAACAAUUACAAGAUAAAAUGAAAACGUUGCAAG